GGUGCAAAUAGCCUCUGCACUCUAGACAACUCUCCCAUUUUCCCCUCGUCCCCCGCUCCCAAAUGCCUGCCGCACGCCCGAAAAAGGAGUCUAAAUCUGGCUCGCCUCUCUCCGACGACGCCAAUCUCCAAGAUUCGUCCGCCGAAAACAGCAAGGUCAAGAGAAAGCGUCAAUCUCAGAGUUGCGAUGCAUGCAGAGCCCGCAAAGUGCGCUGUGCCCGCGAAAACCCGGAAGACCAGAAGCAGUCUUGCAAGCAUUGCAUCGCCCUUGGUAUACCAUGCACAUAUGACUACCAACCGAAGAAACGUGGCCCUCCGAACCUCUAUCUGCGUCGCCUCCAAGAGGCCGCAGCUGCAGCUGUCGUCUCACACCAGGAGAAGCCUGAUACCACUCCCUCGACGGAGGUCCCAUCGCCGGGACUUAGUCAACGCAAGCUCACUAGUCCGCCGUUAACAAGUGUAUCACCGUCCAUCCAGUCCCAGACGCCAACAUUCCUGGAGCCCUCGUUGACUCCUGGCGGGUCCCAACCAGUCAUCACGCCUUCCCGUUACCCAAUUGCAGCCGAUUCAUACCACCCACACUAUUCCCCUGUCAACCAGCUGCCUUCAUACCCUGGGUCGCGUGACUCCAACAGUACAACUGCCAGCUUUAACCAGAAGACAGAAGAGAGCUCCCCGCAGAACUUCUCGCCUGAGCCAUAUGGUUCAUUUUCUGCCUACAACUGGUCGUACAAGCACCACCAGCCAUUGCCCAUACUUCCACCGACGGCUAUUCCCCCGCUUUCAUACUACCAUCGCCCGCAUCGUUUGGAAGAUAUUGCCCCACGCGAUACCGUUUCUUUGAUCAUUGCUCUUUUCUUUGACUUCGUAUAUCCCCUAACACCUUGCAUCCACAAGCCAUCCUUUAUGGCUGACCUGCACUCUCGUCGCGAAGAGCGGGACCCUUUGUUUUUCGCACUCGUCAUGUCCACUGUCGCAUCAACAUUAGUGCAGGUCCCGCGGUCCUACCUGCCCAUGGAGCGGUCCGUUGUUCGCAAGCUGGCACAGACGUGCUACGAGGCUAGCCGGCAUAUCACAAUUGCCUCAUACGAUCCUCCCACGUCUAUGCACGUUGUGGUGCGAUACUUCGACUGCAUAUACCAUUUCUGCGAGGGUCAUGAUGCUACCCAGCACGCUGCCUUUGGAGAGGCCGCUCACAUUGCAGUGACUUUACGGAUGCAUGAGGAGGCCUCUUACGAAGGGCUUGACCCAAUCGAAUGUGAAGUACGGAGGAGGACUUUCUGGCUGCUUUUCGGUGCGGAUAAAUCGAUGUCGAUCUUGCUGGGUCGCCCAAUAUGUCUCCGAGACGAAGACUGCACGGUACAUUUUCCUAAGGAACUCGACGAUGAAUAUAUCACAUCUAGCGCCUACUUACCCCAACCACAUGGCAAGACCGCACUCGUGUCUGGACUGAACUAUAUCUCAAGGAUCUUUGCGCUGCUCGGUGAAAUCCUCGUGCGCAUCAGGGUAGACAAGCGCUCGCCGCCUCAAGGCCAAUUUGCCACUGCCCGGUUGGAGGAAGUGGAAGCUUUACACCAACGCAUCCUUGGUGCCUUGAUGGCUACCCCGGAGCCCCUUCGGCUGAAGCAAUCGAGCGCUCAAGAUCUACCCUCGGACUAUGGCGGAGCCGGCUUCCGCCAAGCGACGUUCGCUGAGGUCAAGGACUUCUUCGACAACCCCAAGGCUUCGCGUGCAAAUGCGCUUAACCCUUUCCUAGUUAUGCAAUCCAACCUCUACGUGACCCAGCAACUUGUCCGCUUUGUCAUAGAGCAGUAUCGAGAUGAGCUGAUCCUUGCACUGCAAGGCACCAUCGAUGAACAGAAGGUCGCUGAGGACCGUGAGGCCGUCGCAAGUGACCUCCUCAAUAUUUUACACAGUAUCCCAAUCCAGUCGAUUGCCACCAAUGGGCCGUCGCUGGUACACAAAGUGCGUUUCGUCGCUUCCACACUGUUGGAUGCGGUGCGCAAGGCAGAAACGGCCCCUGCAUCAGCGGCCCGGGCCCACGCUUUCCUAUGGGACUUCCUUUCUAUUCUAUCCGAAAUCGAAAGAAAUUACCUACUAGACGACGACAGGGACGGGCAGUCUAGCGGUGAUGGUAUGGCAAUGGUCUGAGAGUAAAGGGCUCGCCCAUUGAUUUUGUAGUUUUGGAAAAAGUCUUCUCUGGUCAUUUUCUUUCUUCGUUUCUCUUCGAGCUGGGGCUGAAGGCUGGAGACAUAGGUGUGAACGCCUGCGCUGUUUUCAAAUUACUGUACAUUUUCUGUUAGUUUUAUUUAUCCCCAGUUUGUACUCAUGUAGCAUUUAGCCUCGAGGUUCUCAAUCCACGUGUAUUGUUUUCGGCCAUAAUGUACACCUG